AUGGAGAGAGUAAGAGAUCUAGCAUCGAAGAAGGCAAUAGUGAUGUUCACGAAGAGCUCGUGCUGCAUGUGCCACAGCAUCAAGAGCUUGUUCUACGAGCUAGGGGCAAGCCCGGCGGUGCAUGAGCUUGACAAGGACUCGAGAGGGAAGGAGAUGGAGUGGGCUUUGAGAGGGAUGGGGUGCAACCCCUCUGUCCCCGCUGUGUUCAUCGGGGGACAGUUCGUGGGGUCGGCCAGAGACGUCCUCUCCUCCCAUGUUGAUGGAACCUUGAAGCAGAGGCUCAUCGAUGCCAACGCCAUUUGGUUCUAG